AUGGUGAACAUCACAGAUAAGAUCAAGGAGAUUGAGGAGGAGAUGCGGAGGACCCAGAAAAAUAAGGCAACCGAAUAUCAUCUGGGUCUGUUAAAGGGAAAGCUUGCACGCCUUCGCGCUCAGUUGCUAGAGCCAGGGCCCGGGUCUGGCGGCGGCGGCGGUGCGGGUUUCGAUGUGAGCAAGAGCGGCGAUGCUCGAAUAGCGUUGGUCGGUUUCCCAUCUGUGGGCAAGUCGACCUUUCUCUCCAAGGUCACCAAGACGAAGUCCGAGGUCGCGUCUUACGCCUUCACAACGCUCACUGCCAUCCCUGGCGUCCUCGAGUAUGGUGGUGCCGAAAUCCAGCUGCUCGAUCUGCCGGGUAUUAUCGAAGGGGCUGCGGAAGGCAAGGGUAGAGGGCGCCAGGUCAUCUCGGCAGCAAAGACCAGUGACCUCAUUCUUAUGGUUCUCGAUGCAACCAAGCGGGCGGAGCAGCGGGCAUUGUUGGAAGCCGAGUUAGAGGCGGUAGGCAUCCGGCUGAACCGCGAGCCACCAAACAUCUACCUCAAACCUAAAAAGGCCGGUGGCAUGAAAAUCACCUUUCAAUCUCAACCGAAAGGCCUGGACGAAAAGAUGAUUCAGAACAUCCUCCGCGACUACAAGCUCCUGAACUGCGAGGUGCUUGUCCGCGACGAAAACUGCACAGUCGACGACCUGAUUGAUGUCAUCAUGAAAGACCACCGCAAAUACAUCAAAUGCCUAUAUGUCUACAACAAGAUCGACAGCGUCUCGCUCGACUUCCUGGACAAGCUGGCGCGGGAGCCGAACACGGUGGUCAUGAGCUGCGAGCUGGACCUGGGCAUUCAGGACGUUGUUGACCGGUGCUGGAAGGAGCUCAACCUUAUACGGAUAUACACGAAGCGGAAGGGCGUCGAUCCUGACUUCAGUGAAGCACUGAUUGUACGGAGCAAUAGCAGUAUCGAGGAUGUUUGUGACCGUAUCCACCGAUCACUCAAGGAAACUUUCAAGUAUGCAUUGGUCUGGGGCGCGAGCGCGAGGCAUAUUCCGCAGAGAGUAGGGUUGGGCCAUCCGGUGGCAGACGAGGAUGUGGUGUAUAUAGUCAGCGGAUGGAAGGCAUAG